AUGUCCCUGAGCCCGAGGUACUCCACUCCCUUCUCGGUGACUGACAUCCUGAGUCCGCUCGAGGAGAGCUACAGGAAGUUCGGUGGCGGGAUGGACAACGGCGGGAACCUGUGCCCCCCGCUGGGCGCGUACGGCCGCCAGACUCCGGGCUCGUGCCACCAGCAGCAACAGCAGCAGCAGCAGCACACGUACCACGUGGCCCACCACGGAGUGCCCCAGUUCUCCAGCGCCAUGGGGGGCUACUGUAACGGCGCCAUGGGGGGCAUGGCGGGGGGCGAACUGCCGUCCUACCAAGACACGGUGAGGAGCGCCGGCCCCGCCAGCGCGUGGUACAGCAGCCCCGAGCCCCGGUACCCCACAAUCUCCCGGUUCAUGGGCGCGAGCGGCGGGAUGAGCUGCAUGAGCGGCAUGGGCGGCAUGGGCCCGCUGGGCAGCAUGAUGGAUGCGGGCUCCAAGGCGUCCAUGGUGGCGCUGCACGCGACGCCCCGGCGGAAGCGGCGCGUGCUUUUCUCCCAGGCGCAGGUGUACGAGCUCGAGCGGCGCUUCAAGCAGCAGAAGUACCUGUCGGCGCCGGAGCGCGAGCACCUGGCCGCCCUGAUCCACCUGACGCCCACCCAGGUGAAGAUCUGGUUCCAGAACCACCGCUACAAGAUGAAGCGGCAGGCCAAGGACAAAGUGGCGCAGGCGCAUCUGCAGCAGCACGAGGCUGGCGGGGUCGGCGGGGUCCUCGCGCCAACCCAGCAGCAGCAGGAGCAGUCCUCCUCCACGUCAUCUCCGAAGCGCGCGGUCGCCCCCAAGGAAAAUAUAAACAAGGAGCGCCUGAGCGAGGCCGGGUCGUCGGAGUCCGCGAGCCUCCACGGACACCUUAACCAGGACCUGGGGGAGGGUCUGGCGGGCCGGGGGGCGGCCCUCCUCCUCCACCACCACCUCCACCUGCACCACCAGACCCCGCAGGUGGGCCACCUGUCGCCCGACGACAUGGAGGAGCUGUCCCCCAGCCCCCCGCUGGGCCUGCACGGCGGGCUGGGCCCGAGCGACGCGGCGCUCAUGGACUACGGAAGCCCACCGGGGCUGGGAUCCGGUCUGCUGUACGGAAGGACCUGGUGA